AUGGUCCAGAACUACCCAGUACAGGCAGCAAAUAGAUGGUCCAGAACUACCCAGUACAGGCAGCAAGUAGAUGGUCCAGAACUACCCAGUACAGGCAGCAAGAAGAUGGUCCAGAACUACCCAGUACAGACAGCAAGUAGAUGGUCCAGAACUACCCAGUACAGACAGCAAGUAGAUGGUCCAGAACUACCCAUGAGAGAAUUAGAUGCUAGAAGAGCUGCCUACAAAGGAAAAAGACCAGCUACUAGAACUCGCCGGUCCAAAACACCAGCGCUCGGAAACAUCAGCGAGAAAGUUUUAGCAAAGCAGAAAGAAGGGAUGAAGAAACAGGUGAGCAAGCUUACCAAGCCACAAAUGCAGGCAGCAAUUACCAGGGCCUUUGAGAUGGAGCCAGGGCUCAUGCUGCUUGUUUUAGCAGCCCCAGCCCCUGAAGGUAACCCACCCAGAGGUGCUGGGCUUCAACCCAAGGAAGGGAAUAUAAUUCCAAGCUGGUGUGUGUGCAGAAACUGCCGGGACAUGCCAACACAGCGAAAGAGUUUGUUUGGCCGGGAAGCUUGCCUUUCUCAUUCUGCUGACUUUGACCUCCUUGUAAUGAAUGAGGGGAAUUUGGCCCCUGCCCGUUUAAUGAGGCAAGACAUCCUCGUUUUCAAUGAGGAGGAAGACCUGCGGAGAUCCAACCGCCACCAGGCCUACAGGCAGUUUAUUUUAUGGACCCACGGAUAUUUGGGGGCUGGUAAUGGAAGGGUUAUUCCCUCAUUCUGUGUCUGGAGGAUCCGGGAAACCUUACUGGAUCAAUAUGGACAAUAUACUGGCUUUGUGCCAAGUAGGGUGCAGUAG